GAGCCUUGGGAGAAACGCAUCGUCAACACCGUCAUGGCCGGCAUCACGCUUUUCACCUGCUACGCCGCCGUCAACUACUUGCCGCAUUAUGCGGCCUCCGCCUCCGGUUUCCUCUCUGGCUGGUUUCAGUAACGAAUUAAAUCCCACUCCCCUCAUCCCCAAGUGGCCUCACCCACGCCCCCUUUUCGAUAGGACUUUUUUUGAUUAUUGACCCUCCCCGCUCACGCACCUCCGUUCCGAUCCGCCCAUCAUUAUGAGUGAUAUCAGCCAGAAAGCCGCCAUUGGCCAGGCCAUCCAAGAGCGCAAUGACCUCUUGGCCGAGAAACACGAGCGUGAAAUCGAAUGUCGAGGUGAACGAUCCCAAGCCGUCCAAGACAUCCUGGACGACUUCGCCCAAUGGGAGCAACGCCUCCAGCGAUCCAUGACGCAAGCGCGAACUUGCCCCACCCAGGAUCAGGUCAGUCUGACCGAAACCCUGGACGAGAUCAGCGCCCAAAUGCCCGUGGGUGAGAAGCUCCUGGCCCAGAAUCAGGGCGCCUUGCCCAAGUACGAAGUGAAACGCCUGCAAAACUCGCUCCGAGAACGGGCCUUCGAGUUCACGGCCCUGCAGGACGAUUUGCAACCCAAGCAG